AUGAGAUUGCGAAUCAGUCGGGUAUGGAAGCAGAUCCUGCGCAAGCUGGGUCGCUGGAAGCGGCACGCCAAGAGCAUGACGAGCAGCUGCCGCACUCCCAAAGUCACCGACGGCUUCUCCGACCUCGUCGUCAACGGCGUUGCCAACCUCCCGCCGUCUAAGGCUCGCAGCGCGGAUAAUCUCGGCCGUCAUCUCUCCAGAUCAGGGACAGCUGAUGGUCGAACGCUACGCGUGAUGGCAUGUCAGCCAGAAAAGGAGGGACGGCUUCACAUCGAGGGCGACGGCGAGGGAGAAAUGGACGAGGAGUGGAUGCAGGAGAUGCUUCGACUAGCCGGCCACCAAUCCGCGAAUCAGGUGCGCUGGAAAGACGGCGGGACGAUUCAGCGCUACGGAAGUGCGGUUGACAUGCGACAGCUAAUAGAUGGUGACAGUAACGAAACCUACUCGGCGAAGCAGAGGACUGGAACCGUGGUGCCCCUGGGAAACCACAACGGAACGCCAUGGCAGAGAGACAUUCCUGUUCGGCAACACCAAGGGGAGCUUCCGACAGCCUCUCCCUCCGCCGCUCCCGCUGCUGCUAUAUUGCCUCUGACUCUCCCAAUGGAGCAAGACGCCGCGCCGUCUCUCCGCAAAUCGCGGCGGCGCAACAGCAUGACGUCGGUGCCGCAGUUCGAGGUGCUCCCCUGCCAGACGGAGGAGGUGCUUCGCGGCGGCGCGCGCGCUUCGGAGGUGGGGUCGUCGGACUCGAAUCAUUCCGUUCGUGACGCUGACAUUUCCAAUCACGCGCCCUCGGAGGAUCAUACAGCGGUCUGUCGUCGUUUUUCAAACAUCGACCUUCGCCUGGAAAUGUGGAACCUCGCUACUGGAAGCUCCGCUAAGCACCUUCGAGGCUCUCCUUUCGGCGCGCGCCCGUCGCGCUCGCGGAGCUCGCCGAUUAUCGCGACGCCUGAGGACGCGCCGGCUUCAUCCCGUGUGGCACCCGAAAAUGACGCGAAUAUUUCUCAUGUUGGAUUUUCCGCCGCUGCUGAAACGCCUGGCGAUGCUCUUGCGUCGGCUGCGUCGGCGGCGGUUGCUGCUCCGAGCAGCUGUCACGGCCGACCGGCGCAGCUUGAAGUAGCGGAGCUUCCAACACCCACCUCCGCUGCUGCUGCAGCAGCCGCAUCACCUCUAAUUUUUCCGUUGAAGCAAGAAACUGCUCCUUGCAAAUCGCCGAGGCGCAACACCGACGCAACGGCGGCCAUGUCGGCGCAGUUCGAGGUGCUCCCUUGCCAGACUGACGAGGUGCUUCGCGGCUCCGUCAACCAUGCGUCCUUGGAGGAUGUGGCGGUUAGUCGUCGUUUUUCGAACAUCGACCUUCGCCUGGAAAUGUGGAACCUCGCUACUGGGAGCUCCGCCAGUACCACGACCGCUUCGAAGCACCAGCGAGGCUCUCCUCACGGCGCGCGCCCCUCGCGCUCGCGGAGCUCUCCAGUCAUCGCGACGCCUGAGGCGGCUUUAUCUCUCGCACCCGAGAACACGAAUAGCUCGCAUGCCGACGGAUAUUCCGCCGGUGGAACGUCUACUGAUGCUCGCUGUCAUCCCCGACCAGCGCAGCUUGAAGUUGAAGGGAGAUUGGACCCUAAUCCGGGGAUGCAGGAGACGCAGGAGAUGCGGGAGCCACGGGAGCCUGAGACGCGAGGGAGCAAUCCUGGGAGAGGUGCGGGAUUAGAAGCAGCUACAAGCCGGAGAAGCCUGACGCGCUGGCAGAGCGUUUCUUCGUUGGUAACCCUAAAUUCUCUCAAACCACAACAUGCGGCGCCGCGGUGGCCGCUGCUAUCAGACGCAUCCCAGCGUGGAACCGUCAGCGAGUCAGUCUCCUCCGCGGCUGUCUCCCCGCACGGGCGACGCUUUCAAACCUCGCAUGGAGUCGCGGAUCCAGUUCGUGUUGGAACGCCGCCAACACCCCGCCCAAUGUCGGCUGUGGUUCGUGGCGCGAAGCUAUCUAGAGCUGCUUCGUCUGAGCCUACGAGUAACGUGUUUGAGUGGGCCGCUCAGCAGCGCAUCGCGCGUCACAGAUCCGCUCUGCAGUAA